UGGUGAACCUUGGACAGCAAACUAGAAAAUUCGUCCAGUAAAUUCGUUUUUAGCUCCUUCAAAAUGGACCCGUCAGACGUGACAGCGUGCCUUGAUGAAUGGAAGGAACUAGACAAAGAGUUCUGCAAAUUAGAAGAAGACCAUCGCCAAUAUUUGAAAAAAGUUGAUGAGGUGAAGGCUCUUCAGAAAAAAUGUGUGAGUGGUAUAGCUCAUCAGCGGUACAGGAUGCGAUCAAUAGGGGAGAUGAUGAAGAGGGCUGAUAAGGUGACCUCAAGGCCAGAGGAUAAGGAGAAGAUCCAAGUACUUCAUUCUGACUUAGCAGAGAGGAAAGAAACAUUCAGGGAGAUGGAAGAAUAUCUACCUCAUAAAAAUGGAUUGUACUUGCGUAUCAUUCUUGGCCAAGUGAAUGUAUCUCUGCUGAGUAAGCUGGACCGAUUUGCUUACAAACAAGAUUAUGAGCACUUCAAACUCGUCAUGACCAUCAUCACCACGAUCAUGUCUUUCUGUCUGCUUACAUUUGUCAAGUACAGAAUGAUUGAUGCGGCCUUCCACUUCUUGCUUGUGUGGUACUACUGUACAAUGACCAUCAGAGAGAGUAUUCUUAUUGUCAAUGGCUCCAGGAUUAAAGGCUGGUGGUUAUCGCAUCAUUUUGUAUCGACAGUCUGUGCUGGAAUACUGUUGAUAUGGCCUGACUGUGUUACAUACCAUCUAUUUAGGAAGCAGUUCAUGUGUUUUUCUUUAUUCAUAAGUUUUGUCCAGGUACUUCAGUGUAAUUAUCAAAAAGGUUGCUUGUAUCGACUGAGGACUAUGGGAGAGCGACACAACAUGGACAUCACUGUAGAUGGAUUCCAAUCCUGGAUGUGGAAGGGUCUGACUUUCCUGCUACCCUUCCUAUUUGCUGUUUAUAUCUUCCAGUUUUACAAUGCUUACACCCUGUACUUGCUGUCCUACCAUUCAGACUGUAAAGAGUGGCAAGUCCCUGUCCUGGCCUUCAUCUUCCUUAUCCUGUUCUGUGGCAACUUUUUUACCACACUGGGAGUAGUGAGACAAAAACUCAAGAAAGACGGCCUGAAUCAUUUAAGGAACAAGUACCGAUUCAACCACGUGAAACCAGAGUAGAUUUCCCAGGCAGAUGCAAGAACUGUACAAUGGCUUUCAUUUUGUUGAUGGUUGACUUUUCAUGCUAGUGUAAUCAUACAUCAUCCUCUGACAGAGAGGAUUUGUAUGACUCAUUUCUUAGGACAUGAAAAGAAAAGUAACAUCGUUUUGACAACAGCAGUUUUAUCAUGUACAUUCUCGUCCCAGGAAGUAUUGCAGCAGUGUGACAGCCUGUGCUCAAAAACGAACUUCAAAGUUCUCAAAAGAACUUUCUGCCAGCUCGCUCCUGCAUGGGAAGAUUAAAAUUUGUGUUGGUGUUAGUCUAAUCCAUGCAACAUUUGUAUCUACACUGCAUGUAUAGCCCUUUCAAAAAAGGUCCCAAAAACAUUAAAUAUAAUCGCGGUAUCUUGGUGACCAUAUCGUUCGGUAGCGAAAGGGUUUGCUUGUCCAGGAAUUUAACUCUUCUCUAUAUCUUAUUGUAGAAUAAUGUCUUAUGUAAAUAUUUAGUUGAUUAUCCUGUAAACAUAAUUUCCAUUUUCGAAAUUGGAAUGAGCUCAAAUGAGAUUUUGCAUCAUUUGCAGAGGGAUUGUGAUUAAUAUCAGAUAACAUAAUAUCGCCACCUCACGUGUAUUAUCGCCAGUAUGUUCCAAAGACAUGGCAAUCAUAUGUUGUGUUAUGUUAGUGAGAAUGUUUUUAUUGUGUCAAUUACUUGAUGUGCCAUGAAAAUCCAGACCGAUGCUGUUCAACUGAAGAGAAAAUCUUCUCUCAGCGACCAGAAGUUACAUGCUUCCUUUAUAAGAGAGCACUGUUUCAGCUGUUGGUAAUUUGCACAUAUGUCACAUUCAAAGUCAUUUAUAUUUUGAACUCUGACAGUUUUCAGACUGAAAAAAAACUUAAGUUAUAUAUAUUGUCAUUAUAAUUGCUCAAAUAAUUGGUCCCAAGUUAAUGAUUUAAUAGAUGGCCUUAAUUAUGUGGUUGAGGUACUAUUAUCACUAUAUUAAUACUCCAUGUGUAAAAUGAAUUUUGGUGUUGAAGUGGUCAGCUCACCAAAAAUGGACUUUUGUCUGCGUAAAGACAGUUUGGCAUGACCAGUUGUAUUUUAGCCAGCUGCGAGCAAAGAUAAAAUAAAUAGCUGAAAAAAUUAGCUGAAAUUUUAAUA